CUCCUACGACCAGACUACUGGGAGGUGCUGUUACCGCUGCCCCGAGGGGCACACCUCGCAGCAGCCGUGCGCACAGGGGUCAUCCGACUGCAGGAAGCAGUGUGCUCCCGACUACUACCUGGACAGGGACGGCCGCUGCAAGGCCUGCGUGACCUGUUCUGGAGACGAUCUCGUGGAGAAGAUUCCAUGCUCAGGGAAUUCCUCCCGCGUCUGUGAGUGUCGGCCUGGCAUGUUCUGUUACACAUCAGCCACCAAAUCCUGUGCCCGCUGUAGGCCGCACUCCGUCUGCCCACCAGGGGAGGUCGUCAGGUUCCAGGGCACAGCAGAAAGUGACACCAUCUGUGAGCGACCUUCCCCAGUGACCAGCCCUGACCGCAGCACCAGCCUCAAAGCCUGCAGGGUGGCCACCAGCAGCACCCCCCAGGCCAGGCGCCUCAGGACUGCCUCAGCAAGCUCCGGGGCGAGGACCGCGCUUCCUGGCAGGGGCGCUUCCCUCACCCCGGAAGACGGUUCCGAAAUGACGAGGGCCCCCAGCUCUCCCUCCUCGGUGCGGGAGCCCAGUCCAGAUCCAGGGCCGAUCUCGCAGCAGCCGUGCGCACAGGGGUCAUCGGACUGUGGGAAGCAGUGUGACCCCGACUACUACCUGGACAGGGACGGCCGCUGCAAGGCCUGCGUGACCUGCUCUGGAGACCUGGUAGAGAAGACGCCGUGCACAUGGAACUCCUCUCGAGUCUGCGAAUGUCGAUCUGGCAUGUUCUGUACCACAUCAGCCACCAACUCCUGUGCCCGCUGUACCCCCCGCUCCAGCUGCCCACCAGGGACGGUCACCAAACCCCAGGGUACAGCUGAAAGGGGUGCCACCCAUGAGCCACCUCCCCCGGAGGCCCACCCUGAUUGCAGCACCAACCCAGAGGACAGCAAGACGCCCACCAGUGCCUCUGCCCCUCUGGUCUCCUCGGCAGACCCCCAGAUCAGUAAGGAGCAUGGAAGGGGCAUCACCCACGCUUGGGGAGACACCCCCAUAUCAACGAGCACUCCCAUCUCUUUCUCCUCCACGGGAAAGCCCAUUCUGGUUUCAGGGCCCAUGCUCUUCUGGAUGGUCAUGCUACUGGUGAUGGUCCUGGGCUCCGUGUCCUUCCUCCUGUGCCACCGGAGGGCCUGCCGGAAGUGGAUUCAGCAGAAGCUCUACCUGUGCUACCCUGUCCAGACCUUCCGGCCCAAGCUGGAGCCUGCAGAUUCCAGGCCUGGGAGGAACCCGACACAGCUGAAGAGUGUGUCGGUGGUGGAGUUGGGCAUGGAAGAGCUGGGCUUGCUGAGCACCCCGGCUGCGGAGACCUCCCCCGGCGGGGCAGUCUGCCGAGAGAGCAUACGGCUGCUGGAAGCUAGCCCUCCCGCCGGGAGCCCCUCGUCCCCCAGGGACCUCCCCGAGCCCCCCCGGGUGACCUCGGAGCAUACCAACAACAGGAUCGAGAAGAUCUACAUCAUGAAGGCUGACACAGUGAUUGUGGGGACUGUGAGGACUGAGGUGCCUGAGGGCCGGGGUCUGGUGGGGCCGGCAGGGCCUGAGUUCGAGGAGGAUCUGGAAGUGGACCACGCCCCCCGCUUCCCAGAGCAGGAGACGGAGCCGCCUCUGGGCAGCUGCGGGGACGUCAUGUUCUCGGUGGAAGAGGAAGGAAAGGAGGCCUCCUUGCCCAUGACCGUCACGGAGAAAUGAAGCCUGGCCUGGGUUGGGGCUGAGAGGACAGUGGGGUGCCCCUCCUCUGGUGGCACCAGGCUGGGGGCAGAAACCCUUGUGACCAGAAC